GCAAAGGAAUUGGUAACAGGCAGCGAGUGAGCGUGAAGAGAGCGCGAGAGAGAAAGAUAGCGAACCCAUCUCCUGCGAGCUCUCUGCACACUCCCACUCACUCACUUCAGAGCUUGGAGUUCAGGCAAACAGAUGGAGGAGAUCUAUUCAGCCGGACGGCUGCACCACUUUCUCGAUGGCUACAACAUUCACAAGAGUAACUGGAUGCGUUACGUGAACCCAGCGCGCUCGCCAGAGGAACAAAAUCUGGUGGCUUGCCAGAACGGGACCGACAUUUAUUUUUACACGGUGAAGCCCGUAGCCCCCAGCCGCGAGCUGCUCGUUUGGUACAGCCACGACUUUGCCGAUCGGCUCAGCUACCCACCAACCGGGGACCUGGUGAUGCUGAAACUCAAGCAAAACUUUGAGGGAUGUAAGGAUUUAGAGUCUGCAUCCAGUGGCCCGCUACCUCAACAAGGAGAAUACAGCAAAGACGGCGAAAAACAUGAUGCUAACAACACAAAGAACAGUGAAACCAAGAUCGACGUGGAGAUGAUUGAUCGAGACACACCACCUGACACUCCAGAUAACCAAAUAGUGGACUUCAGUAAAAAGCUUUACCCAGUCCCAGUGUCCAGACCACAGCCCGAAUAUAACGGUUCGAAGAUGGCUGGUGUUUGUGACAGUGGAUUGCCAUUUGGCCGAAGUACCUCACCACAUGGAAUCAGUCCAAACCAAAGAUCCAAGAGUCCAAGCGCUCAACUAAGCCCUCAGAUCCAUUCUCCAAACUCAACUACCUCAGCUCACAAAGGCAUCCAGCUUCAUAUGAAUGGGCAUUUCAGUAACGGAGAAAGCCUUGUGCCCUACCCAAUGUACUCACCUCCAAGCCACCUCCCACAUCAGUACAUGUACCCCUUCUCUCCCCUCUCGCCCCAUUACCCCAGGUAUCUUUUGCCCAAUUACUCACCUAUCAUUCACCCACUGAACAGACCAGUAGCGCUCAGCAGCCUCGGCCUUUUCGGCAGGAUGCCCCCAGUCUGUGGAAGCUUCCUGGGUGGUGACAGUCUCCCCCAUCCCAUUAUAAGCCCGACUGUUUUGCCCAUUCCUCCUCACAGUGAAGAAGGCCAAAGGUUAGCGGUUCCCGAGCAGGCAAGGGAGGUCCUCAUUCCUGCUCCUAACAGUGCUUUCUCCCUCGCAAGCCCGCCGGAGGGUUUGAAGGAAAGACCUCUCCGCAGCUCACCAAGCGGAGGCACCACCAUAACUUCCGAGCUGUUGGUGCAACCGAAAGCUACCUCAUGGCUUCGGAUGAAUGAGGAAGCAAUGAAUCUCAGCAAACCAAAGACCAUUCCAGCAAAUUACCCCGGCUACAAAUCUCUCCCUUACCCUCUGAAGAAGCAGAACGGAAAGAUCCAGUAUGAAUGCAACGUGUGUUUGAAGACCUUUGGACAACUGUCUAACCUCAAGGUACAUCUCAGAGUGCACAGCGGAGAGAGGCCCUUCUCCUGCCAAACCUGUAAUAAGACCUUCACCCAGCUGGCUCACCUACAGAAGCACUAUCUGGUCCACACGGGCGAGAAACCGCAUCAGUGUCAGGUCUGUCACAAGCGCUUCAGCAGCACGAGCAACCUGAAGACACACCUGAGGCUGCACUCGGGGGAGAAGCCCUAUCAGUGUAAGCAAUGCUCCACCAAGUUCACCCAGUUCGUCCACCUCAAGCUUCACCGGCGCUUACACAACAAGGAACGUCCACACAAGUGUCACUUCUGUCCAAAGAGCUACGUGCACCAUUGCAGUCUGACAAUCCAUCUCAAGGGCAACUGCUCCAUGAGCUCCACUGCUAGGUGGGCCCCAGACGACCUAAGCAGGAUCAAUCAGGAGAUCGACAGAUUCGAUGUGAGCGAGAACGCGGAGAGACUUGAGGAGAAUGCCACAAUGGCAGAGGUCGAUUUGGUGGCCGAGAAGCUUAUCAUUGGGGUCUUGGAGGAUAACAAGGAGGAGCAAAUCCGAGCAGCAUACCACAGUGCAGACACCCUGCCGUCCAUCAGCUUCCACCAGAGGAUCACAAAUCCACUGCUCUCUCACCACAACCCAUCGCCUCAUCUUCCCAUCAGAGUCAAGCAAGAGCUCAGUUUAUAACUCCAUGUGAGCCCACCAUUGUGUCUUGGGGGUGAAAUUAGUGAGUUCAAUACCAAACCAGACUGUCGAGGUUCCCCUACAGUCAGUCACACUGGAAGAACUGGAAGGGAACCCAGGUACUUUAAAGGAACGAGUUCAAAGAGUGCAUAUGGACGGAAGCCCCUUCCAACCCGUUGUAAUCAUCUGUCCUUCUGCGCCUGUCUUUUUAUUUGUGUUUUGAUCUUCCUCAGAGUGGCUUUGUCUGUAAACGCUGCUCACCUGUCGCUCUGCUUGUGUCUUGGUUCCCACCAGCUCUACUGUCAAUUCAGUGAAACCAAAAAACUCCCCAAAACAGACCCUUGGCAAGACACCCCCCACCCAAUCCCAAAGUGUUAAAGAUUCGUGGGGUCCAAUCCUGCAAUCAGAACUGAACGUGCAUCCACAAAGCUUUCUCAGGGUGUGUGAGACUAUUUAUGCAGCAAAGAAACAAAUUGUUCUAUAUUUUUUAUCUGCUAAUGGACAAUCAUAUAUGACUUUAUUCUUCUACAGGCUAUUUCUUAUUUAUUAAAAAAAAACUUGUUGAUUCAAAGGAAAAGUUCACAAAGACCAUUCUGUGGGGAUCGGUUGGUAGUCUCAGGCUGUGUCGGUGUUGGUGGGUGGGGGGGAAUUAUUGAAUUUUGUUGGAUUUUGGUGGUUGAUCAUCUAAAGAUAAGGUUAGAGAAUGGGCAAUUUGUAAUUUGAUGAGAGUCCAGGCGAUGAAAAGCACAUGGAUGGAGUCCACAAGACUGUCACCUCCCUCCCCGUGUCAAGUCAGAGACAUGCUUUGUUCCCAUGUUGAUUUGAACCAUAGGGUUAGUGGCCUUGGGAUGUGUUGCUCAUAGUGAUAUCACCAGAGGAAUGUAGCUCACUCCUCCAGUGAUGAGAGCAACAGUGUUUAUGAGAGAGGGGGGAUCUGUACAGUAUUGAGCACAGCAAGCUUCUUGAAGUUGGGAACAUUGAUGAACAGAAACAAGAGAGAUAUUCUGCUCUUCACUGAAGUAUAUUAGGGUUAGGGAAGAUAUCGCCUUUGGUAAGUUCAGAAGGAACGGGAUGAAAAUUUCAAAGAGCUUGCCAAAAAAUGUCAAUUUUUUUUUGCUUUUACGUUUUUGGGGAAUAAAAGCUCGGACAAGCUUAAAAAAAAACCCAAACGAAGCGUGGAUUUUUAGACACGUUGAAUGCUCAGUAAACUGAGUCUUAGUAUUUCUCCAAUAGACAUGUUGUCCUUUGACUGUGUUUUUGGUGGUUGUAAUUAGCUGAAUAGCAAAGUGUUGCUCAGGGCACAUACAGUAUAUUAUAUAUAAACUUUUUUUUAAAAAGCAAACCCUUGCAUAAAAAAAAUGCUACUUUUGCGAGGAUUCAAAAAAAAGUUAGUGUCUGUUUUUAAAAAUAAGUAGAAAGAUUCUAAAUUUCCAAAUUCUGUGAAACAUUUGCGGUACUCAGACUUACAAAGGUGGGGAAACUGAAUCGAGAGGGGGUGAUUGGGUUCCGUUUGUGGAGGAAAUUACCUCAUUACAUUAGUGUGUUUGCGCCACAUACACCCCCCCCCUCCCCCCACACACCUACCCCCUUUGAUCAAGAAUACAAUCCUCUUAUUUUAUAUUUGGUUGUGUUCAUACCGACAAACUCCCCCCAAAAAAAUCGGUCACUCACUUACAUGAUUGUUUGUGGGACACUGCUGUGUAUGUUGAGUCAUACACUGUGAGUGGCUUACAGGAGCCAGACUAGUUACAUGUCUGAAUCUUCCCAUCAGAGGCUGUUGGAGCCUAAAUCCUUGUUGAUAGUUUCUGUUCUUAAUACCUCCCAGGCUUUAAUACCACAAAUCCACUCGCUUUAAGAACUAUUAUCCUCAUGUACACCUUGCUGGUUCGCUGCACUUUUAAUGACUAUCUAUCUGCAAGCAGCUAAUAGCAAUUACCUAAAGCCUCCAAGCGUGGCGGAGCCCAGCUGGUCAGGCCGGGGUGAGGAAGCCACGUAGUCACGACCAGUGCCUCUCAGUCUCGGCAGCGGCAUUGAUUCUGGUUCCCAUCUCCAGCUCCGUCGAUCCGAGGCUCUCCUGACCAAAGACUCGGCCCGCUCCCGGCAGCAGUCGCUCGCUGGGACUCAACAAUCCCAUUUAUCCACGAGCCCUCAUUCUUCUCAAAUUCCAAAUGGUGGAAAGUCAGCAGGUUGGCGACAACUGACUGAACUGAGCAGAACAGGGCUAAAGCGAAUUUCGUCUCCACGGACUGUAUAACUCCCCACUACCCCCCAUCCCUGCCGCCCAUUUAUAACAAACCAAAUGUAUUCAAGCACUGUUCAGACCAAUUUUAGGAAUCAGGUGGUUCAAAGCCCGAAUAUUCAAGUAUUUCUCGGCUUUGGGUGAACCACAGGAUGAAAUUACAGGGAAUAUUGUACUGACAUACAAAUUGCACCAAAGUUACUGUUUUUAUUUCAACUUUAUAUGUUUGUGUUUAAGUGGACUUGUUUUUAUAGAAAGAAUUUUGUGAUGUUCUAUCUUAUGUUUACAUUUGCUGUUUACACUUUAUUUAUGUUCAAGAUGUAGCUAAUUAAUGUGACCUAAAUUAAACUCAUUUCUAUGUUUCAGUGAAA